AUGAGCAAGCCCAGCGGCUGGCACGGCUGCUCACACCCCUGCUCGUUCAACGUCAGCCGCCGCUGUGACGGGAAGGGCCAUUCUGAUGCGGCCGCUGUCGCGAUGGUGACACUGUGUACAUACUCUGUGCUGCAUGUGCCUGUGACAAUGAUGUCAGGGGCUGCCCAUGCUGGGAAGUUGGAGGACACGCAUGAAGCAUCCAUCCUGGGGCUGCUGGAGGCCCAUGCUGGGAAGUUGGAGGACACGCAUGAAGCAUCCAUCCUGGGGCUGCUGGAGCUUCCCUGA